CAAGGGUGACUAUCCUCAGAAUAAGUUCAUCGGACUCUCCAGUCAAGCUGCCGGAAUUAUUGGUGCCACAAUCGGCCUUGCUUUCGCAACAGGAAUUUUAUUUGCCUGGUACAGAUACCGAAGGUUAAAAUCACCAGUUUAUAUUUAUUGGUAUAUGGCACAGUUGCGCCUACCAGUCACUAACCUCAAGGCCACUGAAGAAUUGGACGAUAGCCAGGCUCAUUUAACGAUAGAUGCUAUCUUGGUGACUGUAGUGGUCACGACGAAUUUGGCGUGGAAAAGAAGGCAACGGGCAGCUAGGCUCGCGCUCCGUGGCAUCGGACCAGAGUUCGUGAUGGAUAGAUUUUGUGGUUUAGCAGGCAGGGCUCUCCUAUCCACCACUGGAAAGGAGAUUAGAAUCAGAGGCGUUUCAAACAACGCAGUCGUUCAGGCUUUGGUUUAUCCUACGUUGCCUAUAGGAAACUCUGUCCCCUCCCUUCUCGUACAAUCUCGUUCCACCAGAAAUGCUUCGCUGGGUCUCAUGCAUCCUGCUUCUGGGUUGGUGGAUGAAUGUGAACCGAUUGCGUUGUAUUUUCAUGGCGGAAUUUCCCCAUAUGAUAUUUAUUUCGCCGUUGCUCACGCGGUAGACAACAACUCUACGUGGAGCGAGGAGCGUAUGACCUCAACAGUCGAAGAAAACUUUCGAAUAUGGGUUACUCCUGAAUUUGGUAUGUACGCUAUUGCGAGGAUCGCCAUUCUAUGCGUCAUGGAUUUUGACAUCCUUCAAACAGCCAAUUUCACUGACACGAUCCGUUUUCGAAUUUCUGAUAUCGUUGGAAACGAAGAAACUCUAUGGAUCCAAGUUAUUGCGGACUCUCCAAAACCAUGUGAUCCUACAUCAACUUCGGUAGACGCAAACCUAUCGACCAACACUCUUGAGGACGGGACCACUACCAUAAAGUACAUUGUCGAGCUAACCUUGGGGUCUCCUUCCAUUGAAUCCAAUGCAGUCACCACUCAGUUAAUGUCUGCUCCUGCAUCUACUCGUGGUUCACAACAGCUUCCGGGCACUACACUCCAAGCAGGUGCCACCAUAGAGUCCCCAGCAGAAGAAACGGAAAUAUACAAUGGCAGCGAUCGACCACCUUCAGGGUCUCCUACAGCCAACGCAGAUACACAUUGUACCCAUGGAAUGAGCACAGAUGGAGCCCUCGAUGGCUCUAUGACUGCUGAGCUUCCAGAUGAAAGUGAUAUCAGCCCUCCGCUUGUAUCAUCAGCUUACCACGAGCCAAUUAAUAACGCCAAUAGCUCUGUUGGCAGCCCUUCAUCAAAUAAGCAUAUUCGACUCUCAAACCAAGCUAUUGGAGUUAUUGGUGCGACAACUGGCGUUGCUUUAGUAGCUGGACUCGCCUUUGUUUGGUACAGGCGUCAGAGAUCAGUCUCUUUCAAGGAACGAAGAACGGAUGGCUACCUGGAUAUCUAA